AGCGCCAUUCCAUCCAUAAUGUGGAGUGGCUUCAUCACAAGCGGCGUAGUCUGGGGCCCCAGAUUCAGUGCGGAGGAGUGUGGGCAGAGGAAGGGAAGCCCAGGCUUGGAUGCAUUGGGGCUAAAGCAAGCUUUUGCGGCGGCAUUGGCAAGAUGAUUCGUGGUGAAUAUUGUUGAUGAGGCGUGGAUGCACGAGGCCAGAAUCCUGGGACUUGGUCCUGGCGUCCCGAGCCCAUGGGGAUGACAAGCAUGAAUCGCAUGAUAGCGUGCUGGCCGUGCGGGUCCAACGGCUGUAUUUAUACUGGCAUUGUUUCUCCGCUGUUUCGAUCUUGCUCACCUACGAUACUCUCGCUGUGUCCUCUGCGGAGUUCAAUUCAAGUCGAAGUUCUUUGUCGACUCUUCACCCAUCUCCAUUAUCCAUUGAGAGGAGCUUCGAAGCACCAUCGUCAACAUGGUGGCACCGACCGGAAAGAGAGUGUACAACUGGUACAUCUCCCUCGUUGCCGCAUCAUGCAUGGUCCUCUACGGUUAUGAUGCCUCCGUGUUCAACGCCCUCCAGAAUUCGGAUCACUGGAAAGCCUAUUUCAACCACCCCGACGCCAACAUCAUCGGAGCAAUCAACACUGCUUACACAGUUGGUGCUGUCGUAGCCGGCUUCUUCAUGGGCGGACCCCUCGCUGAUUAUGCCGGACGACGAGUCGGUAUGGCCACUGGCGCGAUAUUGGUCAUCAUCGCAACCUUCAUGCAGACGUUCGCCCCUCGUGGAAAUAUUGGUGUCUUCAUUGCUGGCCGCGUCGUCAUUGGAAUAGGUCAGGGUCUUGCUUUGACUGCUGGUCCUAUCUACAUUGGCGAGUUGGCUCCACCUGAGAUCCGAGGAAAAAUCAUGUCGUUCUGGCAGAUGUUCUACUCGGUCGGGUCCUUCAUUGCAUACUGGGUCUCGUAUGGCACCCUGAAGCACCCCAAGAAGCUCGGAGAGUGGGACUGGAAGAUGGUUGUCAUAUUCCAGAUCCUCAUGCCGCUUAUCAUUCUGUCCCAAGUCUUCUUCAUCCCGGAGUCUCCUAGAUGGUAUGUUCAGAAAGGACGCAACUAUGAAGCGGCCCGCGCAGCCCUGCUCCGUGUUCGCGAUACCGAGGAAGAGGUCGAGGAAGAACUCACAACCAUCCGCGAAGCUAUCGAGUUCGAGGCCGAGGCCAUCUCGAGCGGUUACUCUGCGCUCUGGAAGGACAAGUCUGUCAGGAAGAGGAUGUAUAUUGCCAUGAUCAUCAACGCUGGCCAGCAGAUUACCGGACAAGGAACGCUCAACUCAUACAGCUCCCUCAUUUACAAGAAGGUCUUCAAAGACCCCAACACCAUCGCUCUUAUCAACGCUCUCAACGCCACUUUCAGUAUCCUCUUCACACUCAAUGCUACUUGGACAGUCGAUCGCUUUGGCCGCAAGUUCUUGUUCAUCGCCGGAGGUAUUGGCAUGGGUAUCUGCAUGCUCAUUGCCGCCACCGUCGAGACACAGACGCCUUCACCCGGUGGAGCCAAGACGCAUCCAGUUGGAAUCUCCAUUGUCUUCAUCAUGUUUCUGUUCGCCUUCUUUUAUAAACCCUCCUGGGGCGCAACCGUGUGGAUCUUUACCGCGGAGAUUUUCUCUAUGAACGUUCGAGCGCAGGCCGUCGGCAUGUCCUCGCAGACGCAGAACGUUGCCAACUCCAUCGUCCAGCAGUUCUUCCCCCUCUUCCUGGCGAAGGAAGGUUUCUAUGCCUUCUACAUGUUCGCUGGCAUCAACUUCCUCCUCGCUGCUUUUGUUUGGUUCUUCGUACCAGAGACCAAGAAGGUAUCGCUAGAAGAGAUGGAUGCCAUGUUUGGCGGCGCCAACCAUGUUGUUGAGGGAGCGGCGAUUGAGCACAAGGAUGCAUCAAGGCAUCACAGUGUUGUUGUUGACCCACAGGAGAAGACCAUCACCGAGAGGAGAGAGUAAGGCAAUGUUCACGACUUGAUGUCGUACGAUUGAUCAAUGAAUGGUUAUAGUUUAGUCGCGCUAUGGUACAUGGUUUAAUAUACUACUUGCCUACCUCUGUAUGACAUUCUUAAGCUUGAUGCAAUAUUGUUUGAU